AUGAAGAAGCAUGUUUUAAUCGCAAUAGCCCUGCUUGUUUUCGUCACAAACACGAUAGCAGACGCGCAGUGGCGUAGUAAAACCCAUGACGUUUACAAUGCGCUUACCAUCCCACCGGGUGUUGACAUUAAGAUCGGUGAUUUCAGUGAGUAUUGGGAAGGGGUCUUUGAAACAGUUAAAGGAAGCGACGGAACUAUUUUCUGCGGGGUCGAAUAUUCUGGAAAUGUGUUCGAAGAGCACAAUGGUGGAAAGUGGAAAGGAACCGAAGACCAUCAAACCUGUUUCGCUAUCCUCUGGGAGCCCGAGGCAAUUUAUCUUGCGAUCGCCGUCGAUGAUGACGAACACGAACACGCCGCUGCUGCCGCCUGGAACGGUGAUGGUGCGCAACUUGCCUUUGAAAUGAGUGGCAAACGAACCGCUGGACAGCAGAUGUUUCUCUACAAUGUCGGCUUAGAUGAUAAAGCGGAAAACAUUCUCCAAAAUGCGCUCAAUGAGAAUCCCGGCGGGGCAGGUAUUGUCCCGGACGAAGAUAUCGCAAUUGUCCGAAAUGAGGAUGAAAAGGAAACCUAUUACGAAAUCAGAUUCACAGCGGAAGAAUUGCAGGUAAAAGGCAAGAAAUUCAGUGAAGGUUUCAAAUUCGGACUCGGUAUCUGUGUCAAUGAUGGCGAUAGAGAAGCAGGACAAGAGGGACAGAAGGGAUGGAGUGGUUGGUAUACCCAUUCCAUCGUUUUUGGAAAGAACUCGGAGCAUACGGGUUUGGUCGUCCUUACGGAUGAACAACUCGCCGUUGAACCCGCCAACAAGUUAGCCACAACUUGGGGCAUUCUAAAAUCUGUGCGAUAA